CUCCUUUCCUCUCCUCUCCUCCCCUCCUUUCACUUCUCUCCUCUAUUCAAUAGUUCUGACUCCACAGCAAGAACUGAACAGCACAAAUGUUGAAGGAAACAAGCACUAAUUUUUGUUCCUCUCCAUUUCAACAGCUGAUCUUCUGUAGGCUCCGAACUCACCAGUGGUGCUUUAUGCUCUUCAACGUGGCUCUUUUCCACAUUUUGCUCUUCGGAGCUGAUCUUGCGGAGGAAUAUUUCUUACAAGCCAUCCCCACCACUUACAUGGACGCGAAAGUCCUCAGAGCUCGAGAAAAAGCCCGGAUACUUGAAAUGUCCUCCAUGAAAACCAACAUCUCCCAGGCUUAUGUCCUUAGUAACCCAGAAGCCUGCUCCAACCGAGAGGUCUUCCUGUUGGUUCUCAUCUUCAGUAGCCCCCAAAACCUGGACAGGCGCAGCGCAAUCCGGAAAACGUGGGCCAACGUGACCCACGUCCAAGGUUACACCACUCUGGUCUUGUUUGUGUUGGGCAAGCCAUCUUCAGCUACCACCCAAGUGGAGGUCAUCAAGGAAUCAGACCAACAACAGGAUCUGAUCCAAGGAAUCUUUCUUGAUACCCCUGAGAAUCAGACACUGAAGGUCAAGAGGGCCAUAGAGUGGACCGUAACUUUUUGUCCCAAGGCCAGGUUCGUUCUCAAAGUAGACGAGGAGAUGUUUGCCAACCUCCAAUCCUUGGUUGAAUAUCUGCUCAACUUAAGACCUCAUCCUGAAGACAUCUAUCUCGGAAGGGUGAUUCAUCCAAACGUCCCCAAUAAAGAAUUCCACAAUGGCAGUUUUACCUCUGUUAGAAAACAUCCCGGAGGGUAUUAUCCCGACUACUGCAGCGCCACAGCCUUGGUCAUCUCACAAGACGUUGCUCGGAAGAUCUAUGUAACUUCUAGAGAAGUUCCUCCUUCCCUACCGCCUGGCCUUUUUAUGGGCAUCUGUGCAAGGGCAGCUGGCGUGGUGCCUAUCCACAGCUCCCGGUUUUCUGGGGGGAGACGUAUCUGGUACAAUCGUUGCUGCUAUAAGUAUAUUUUCACUUCGACUGUGUCGGAGACACGCCAGCUUCUCCGAGAAUGGAAGGAGAUGAAAGACGAUGAAGAUUGCACCUUACUGGAAACCUAUUACGGGCUGGUGUCCUGCAAAAUCAUGACGUAUCUGGACGGGUUGAAAGAGUCCAAAGUCAAAGCCGUUCAGAACGAGCAUUUUUCCAAUUAGAAGAAUCAAAAUAAUAGCAUCUCCGUUUGACUUUCUCAAUGGGCUUACCCCCAAUCUUACGUACUGGUAUUAUGACGAUUUUGUUAGGAAUAUAAUCUAAUGGUUGGGUUGGCAAUAUAUAAAUCAUGUAACAAUGUUGUACCUGUUUCUUUGGAUUGUACUGUGAAAUGUGAUUGGUUGCUGUUUUCCUCGGUCAGCCAUGGGAGGGAGCCAGAGUGACUGUUGGCUCUCUGUUUGUUAGAAGCUGGGCUGAUCUGAUCUGAGUGUUUUUGGAAGCUGGCUGUUAGAAAGUGCCGUGA